UAAAACUUCCACUAAGUCUACUUUCACACUUUUUGUAACCCUUACAUAGCGCAUAUAAAUGUGAUUUACAACGUUUACUGUUUUCUGUGUUUCAAAGUGCUUUUGAUAAAAAUUUGAGUUCAGCAAUCCUUUUUCCAAAGACUAAUAGAGAUUCUUAUUCAAUGAUUGCCCAGUCAGUUGUUUCCUUUUUAUGUGAAAUGGCAAAAGCAUUGGAUAUUAAUGUUUUGUUAACAAGAUGAUCGGGCCCGUAAUUGCAGUCAUCCAUUUUUUACAUUGCGCCUAGAUUCACGCAUAUUCAAAAUGUGCAACAAUGGCGUGUGCACGCGUGUUUUGCUCCGUUGAUGAUCUGUUUUCGUGUAAAAUGUAUACCUAAGUUUGCUUGUUUUAUUCAAUCACUAGAAAUAAAGUAUCACUUUGCAAACGGAAUUGUAAUGUUAAUGAUCUAUACCGAUAAUAAGUAGUAAUGAUAACUAAAACAGUGUAGAACACAUUGUCUGUAAACAGUGCUUCUACUUUUAAUGCCUGUUUAAUUGUAUUCAUAAUUUGUAAAGAUUUUUUUAAAUCAACAUGAAGCGAAACAUAUAUUGAUACAAAUAAUGAUUUCUUUUGGAAUAAAUCAAAGCUAUUGAUAGAACUUUGGUAUGUUUUAAUGGAUAGCUUUUUUGAACGAUUCCGUGGCCUGCGAUAGCGAUCUUCUCUUUAUCGUUAUCAUGCAAUUUAUUCUUCAAGGAUUUCAUUUCAUAAACCUCGUGUAUGCUAUAAUUCAUUAUUUUUAGAUAAAGUUCUCCUACAAUUGAACAAUUGAAAUAAAUUUGAUUAUCGGAAUACUCGAAUUUAAAACAUUCAACUUAACUUCGUACAUGCGGUUACUAGGUGGUUUGUUGAUCUGUUUAAUCUAGAGAGAUUUUUGAGAAAAAGGUUAUAGAAUUGACAGAGAUGGAGGCAUCUUAUCAUACACAAUCAAAUAAGAUAUUGCCUGAUGCUUGGCAACACGACAAGGCUUUGGGUGACUGUAUGAUAAAACUCUAUGAAAACAAUCUGUGGACAGAUGUCAAGUUCAAAUGCAAAGGUCAUGACGGAAAUGAAUGUAUUCAUGCGCAUAAAAUAGUUCUUGCAGCAAGAAGUCCGGUGUUUCAGGCGAUGUUUUAUGGGCCAUGUGCAGACGGAACAAACGAUAUUGUACUGGAUAGCACCGAAGCAGAAACAUUUGAUUUAUUCUUAAGGUAUAUCUAUAUGGACAAAGUAGACUUAACCGAAAGCAUUGCUGCAUCAGUAUUAGAGACAGCUCACUAUUAUCAGGUAUCAAAUCUAGUGGAGUUUUGUGCCGCCUUUCUCGCUACAUGUCUCACAAUUGAGAACGUUUGUGAAAUAUUAUCGCUCGCUCGAUGCUACGAAGUCAGUUCUCUUUGUACAGCAUGCUGCAUUUUCAUUGACCAGAAUGCUGGUGAAGUAAUAAAAUCUGAAGGCUUUCUAAAACUCACGGAAGACAACCUUAUGUAUAUGUUGAAAGGAGACACAUUUUAUGAAGAUGAAGUUGUUAUAUUCAAAAAGGCUGAAGAAUGGGCGCAGAAGAAAUUAGAAGCAGAGAAUUGUGAGAAAAAUGGACAAAAUAUCAGAAAAGUUUUUGGAUCGUCAUUCUUUUACGUAAGACUACCUACUAUGUCAUUGGAUAAUUUGCUGAAAUGUACUCGUAGGAAGGGUUAUUUUUCUGCGGAAGAAUAUGAGGAUAUUGUAGAUUUUAUUAACAAAAGUCCGGACAGAGAUGUUGACAGUAAUUCAUGUAUAUCAAGAGUGCCAACAAAAGAACAUUUAUUUUGUUCUGACGAGGAGCAAGGAACAGAAGAAUCCAGUGACGGAUUGAGGACAUGUUUUAACGUAACUGUGCGCAGGGAUGUUAAACUAAAAACAAUAAGACUUGCCGAAAUAUGUAAAUCCUUGAAAGAAAUAGUUUAUACCAAAUUUGUACAAGACGUAUACUCAAAUCCCUACAGUUCUUCUCGCAUUUCUUUCGAACUAAGGGAACCCUUUGAAAAAGAUCUGUUCAAAAAUUUGCAUGCAGUUUUGUUGGGAACGUUGAAAGUAACAUCUUUUAAAGACAACAGAAAAGGAUCUUCUAGAAUAACCAAUGUACGGGAAAAUUUUGAUAUCAAAAUAGGGGAACAUUGGGUUGAUGCUUUAAGUAGCGGUAAUGCAAUGUCUGAUGGCGGUGUCAAUAAUGCUGGUGCAUGUCUUGAUAGUAAUACUGAGAAAAAAAAGGAGAACGAGAAUGAAUAUCUGAUAUUCGAGCAAGACUUAAAGUUUUUUACUGAGGAUGAAACGCAACGCAUUAUUAAUCUAAAAGAGCCAAUUUUACUAGAAGAAUCAAGAUCGCCGUUUACCUUCAAGGUAAACCUGGACUACAAAGAUGGAAGCUCAUUCAAAACGAAAGCGGUACGUAAGUCGAAAAAAGUGUUUACAAGCGAACAUGGUGUAAUGUCUGUAGAGAACGUGUCCGGAAACCUUGCCGGAAUUCAAAGCCUUAGUUUUGAAAAUAUUUCAAAUCGUUAACAGUGUUAAAAAUGUACACGUAUAAGCGUUGUUGCGGUGGAUACAACUAAGAUGAACCAUAUACUGAAUCAUUGCAUGUUUGUUUUAAUGCGUGUUCGUGCUUCUGCAGAUAUUUAUGCACGAAAAAGGGAGCAUUAACCAUCUAUUGUAUCAUGUUUGUCUCAUUUUAUUUGCAAUUUUGGUGAUUUUACAUAGAUGUUGUGACAUUUUUGAAUGAUAUAAAAUUAUUGACCUCGUUUUUUUUACUCCACGUUCAACAAGGAAAUACACGGAUGCAAUACAAACAAGUAGUCCGUCACUUUGUUUAACAUAUAACGUAUUUGAUGGAGUAGGAACGAAUUUUUUGUAUUAAUUUUCUUCAAUUGAAAAUGAUUGUAUUUUCAAAAAAAUAAAAUAUAUAAUAAAA